AUGGCGACGGCAGCGGCCCCCUCCCCCUGCCCCACCGCCCCGAGCCUUCCCUACGACAACAAGAUCUUCACGUCGGCAUCCAACACGGCCAACGGCGAGGUCUCGUCGGCGACGCGGUUCCACUACCGCCAGGAGGGCAAGAUCGUGUGGGCCGAGUACGGCGGCGGGUCCAUCGUCAAGGGGUUCCUCAUCGCGACGGUGGCGGACGACGAGAGCCUCGACAUGCGGUACGAGCACGUCAAUGACAGCGGGGCGCUCAUGACGGGGCGGUGCCGCAGCGUGCCGGAGCGGUUGGCGGAUGGAAGGCUGCGGAUGCACGAGACAUGGAGGUGGACGUCGGGGGAUGGGACGGCGGGGGAGAGCGUUGUGGAGGAGGUGAGGGAGUGA